AUGAAGAUUCACACUAUUCUUCUGAGCCAUUUGCUCCUACCCGCAACCGAGGCGUCGAGUUUACCCAAACUAGUCCGCGCCGAACUAACCCGCAGAACAAACCACAAGGGCUCAAGCACUCCCAAGGAAUCAACUCUCGUUUGGUCCAAAUGUGACUUGGAUUUCGGCAACGAAUAUUUGAAUGAGAAGCAAAAGGAUCAUGAGUGUGCUAGACUAAAAGUCCCACUUGACUACACUAACGAAAGUAAUGGCGAAACUAUCGAGCUGGAUCUGAUCAAGGUCAAGGCUACUGCAAAGCCCUUCAAGGGUAGUGUUUUGUAUAAUCCCGGUGGGCCAGGAGCUUCUGGUGUUGAGACUACAGUUGAUGUAGGAUCCCUCCUCAGCGAAAUUCUCGGUGGACAAUUCGACAUCAUCUCAUUCGACCCAAGAGGCACUGGCCGCACUAUCCCGUUUAUAUGUGAAGAAACGAAUGUCCCAGAAUCAGGAACACUUCAGCAACGCGAUUUCAACACCCUUCCUCAAACCGACAUGUGGGAAUUUCUCCAAACCACCAGUUGGAGAGCGGGCAGUAUCCUUGCCGAAAAAUGCUUCCAAACCCGAAAAGACAUCGGUCGUUUCGUCAACACGCCUUUUGUUGCGAGGGACAUGUUCAAGAUCGUCGAUGCCUUGGACCAGGGUCCCUUGUUGAACUUUUGGGGAAUGUCUUACGGCACUGUCCUAGGCCAAGUCGCUGUUUCGCUGUUCCCUGACCGUGUUGGGCGUGUAUUUUUCGAUGGCAACAAGAAAGCCGACGACUAUGCUGCCGAUAUUGGGUUAGCUGGCUUGGAAGACGCUGAAAGAGCGGUGGCUCAUAUUCUGGAUGAGUGUGUCAAAGGCGGAAAGAAGCUUUGCUCCCUCGCUGACUUCCACGGGGAGAACACUACCGGAAAAAGCCUGUUUGAUGCUUUUUCUCAAGUGAUUGAAAAAGGCUUGACCGGAUCAAAGGAUCCCAAUCUUUCAGCACUCGGUAUCAAAGGCCAGAUCAUUGUAGAUCUCAAAGACCCGGCCAAUUAUCAAAGAAUCGUCAAAAGAAUCGAAGGACUUCUCAGCAACAACGCAGCCGCUUUGAAGGCUCUGGCCACACGAGGCGCCCCCAGCGGUAAAAUGCCAUGUUGGAACCGUGGAGGUGCAGCCAUAAGACCAGGAAUCUCAUGUGGUGACUCUUCGUUCCGCGUCGAUACUCCCGAAGACUUGUACUCCAUGUACCAAGCUCAUCGGGCGGCAGCCUCAUUCUCCGAAUCUACGCUAUCUCACCGAUUUGCCUGCGCGAACUGGAAAUUCACUGCAGCGGAGCAAAUCGACCUGAACAAGCUUCGCAAUGUCAAGACCAACUUCCCUAUUCUUCUGGCCAACGGCAGAUACGACCCUGUUACGUCGCUGAGAUCAGCCUGGGAGAUCUCUGCACGCUUCCCAGGGAGCCGAGUUAUUGUGCAUGAGGGUGCUGGGCAUUGCGUUCUCAACCACCGAUCGAAUUGCACCGAAAGUGCUAUCAAAGGAUACUUUGUAGACGGACAGAUGCCAUCGGUCAACACUGUUUGCAAGCCUAAUCUGCCUCUGUUUGAGUAUAUAAAAGACGAGACUGAAAAGGCGAGAAAAGCAAAGGAACAGAAUUGA